UCGUCGGCCACCCAAACUGCGCCCCGACUAUUCAAAACUCGGUACUGACCAUCCCUUUUCGUCUCCGUGGGCCGAACUUGUCGCGCAAUACGUUGAAAAAGAGGACGGUGCACACCCUUUUGUUAUACGAGAUCCAACGUUUUUGUGUUUGGUUGUUGCGCGAAUGCUUUCAGGGGAUAUCCGGGCACGAUUGACUGUGGAGCAGCUGAAGAUCUACCAACCCUGCUUACCCAGAGCUUUGGUCUUGGUUCGAAUUGAGGCAAUCGGCCGUGGCAUCCCCACUCCCUGUGCGAUUCUGUACGCCCCCAAACAUAAGGAUGAUUUGGCACGCCCAAACCUCGAAUGGUCCUCAGUCACGCCUAAUUCGAGACUCAUUCUGGGCUACGUAAGGACUGGGGACUUUAACCAUUCCGUCGGGCGAGGCACGGGUCUCGGCUUCAUAAGCCUGGCUGCGCUUGUCAUCGCGAUGCAUGAGUCUGGCACAGCUUCUUUACCUCGCGGUCUCGGACGUGUGUUGAUGAAGAACCCUCGUACUACUCGGUUGAGACCAGUUGAUAUCAACGUGGUCCUUUGAGACCUCCAAGAGCGACGUAGUAGUAUUGUUCAUACCAUACCCCUGUACUUCUGUAUACAUUUGGAAGAAUUUGUCCAACCUGUAUCAUAUGGAUAUCAUAUGCUUGUCUUCCAUUUUCUUAUUUGCUUAUGUGAACCAGAGUAGCUAAUCUUAGCAGUUAGCCCACGGAGGAAAAUUAAAC